GUGUCCUGUAUUUUUUUUCUUAACUCAAAUACUGCCAAUCAAGGCAUAUAGAAAUAAGAGGUGGUACAAUAGAAGCUAAUAACCUAAUUAAAAAACUAUUAUCAAUGAUUAUAUUUCACAUUGGAAGUACAGCCUGGAAACAAGCUUUUCUUACUUUAAGCAGUUAUAAUGGCAGAAAGAAGACAACCUUGCAGCGUAAAGGAAGCAAUGGAGCAACUGAUAGGACCUGAUGGACAUAAAUGGGCCAAUAUGGAUCCAGAAGAGCGAAUGUUAGCAGCUGCUACAGCUUUUACCCGUAUCUGUGCUGGGCAGGGUGAGGGCGAUGUCAGGAGAGAAGCCAAAGCUAGCCAGUAUGAUCCCUACAGUAAAGCUUCAGUGACCUCAGGGAAGCGGCCUGCUCUUUCUGUAAAUCUGCAGUACCCACACUUGAGAAGUAGUGUCACUUCAGAAGCAGUUUCAGAGUCCUCCCAAAAACUUCGAAGGCCAGUAAAGAGAAAGGUGCUGCGUAGAAAGCCAGGUGGGGAGGUACAAGUAACAGAUGAGUCAAUUAACAGUGAGUCCGAAUCUGGCACAGAAAGUGAUCAGGAUCUCUGGGACUUAAGGCACAAGCUGAUGAAUCUCCAUUUCCACGAAGACAAGGAUUCCUUAGUUGAUACUUCACAACAUGAAUAUCAAGGAAUUUCACAAGAUGAUCAGCUCAUUUGCUACCUAGGAAGAGAAGGAAUGGUCCGUCCAACUUAUGAACAAGACCUGAUUGUUGCCAGCAGACCAAAGUCCUUUAUUCUCCCCAGACUAGACCAGUUAAACCGAAACCGUGGCAAGAUAGACCGAGUUGCCCGCUAUUUUGAGUACAAAAGGGACUGGGAUUCAAUGCGGUUACCUGGUGAAGAUCAUAGGAAGGAAUUACGCUGGAAUGUCCGAGGACAGAUGCUUUCACAAACAGAACCCCAACCCAAGCCUCAACAUGUGUAUGUUCCAAACAAUUACCUAGUACCAACUGAGAAGAAAAGAUCUGCCCUCCGUUGGGGUAUUCGUUGUGACCUUGCAAAUGGUGUCAUGCCUAGGAAGCUUCCCUUCCCUCUUUCUCCAUCUUAAACUGCUUUUUAACCUGUCUCUCUUUCACAGGUUUAAGGUAGCCGGGUUCUUAAAACUAAACUGGCAAAAGUCCAUGUAACAUUCUAUAAAGUAUGUUCUUCACCCACCACUCAUCCACUGUUGGUCUUCCCUAUUUAUGUUAUCACAGGAAUCAUACCAAAUACCCAUUCUCAAAUGCAGCCAUAGGAAGAAAAAAACCUACUUGGUUUGUGUUUUCUCAAAUUAGUAAGCACCAAUUUGAAGAUUUGACUGUGAACUACUAGGAUUUUAAUAUUAAUGGACAUUAAGCUCCUUUAUUAAAGAAUGAUACAAAUUCA